UGCGUGCGUGCGUGAGUGAGUGAGUGCGUGUGUGUGUUCAGUCUCAGCAUUUAAGCAGCCGGCACAGAUUCUUUUCUGCUCAUUUGCUCUGCCACCAUGGAUCUGAAAGUUGCAACCGUGAUCGUUUGUCUGUGUGCGUUGGCCAUCAGCCCCACUGAAGCCGGCAUCCCCAAGUGCUGUGUCAGAACAACGACGUGCAGCAUUGCCAGGCGUUUCCUGAUGAAGGUGGAACGAUCGUACGUCCAGCUGAGCAGCGGCGCCUGUGACAUCUCUGCACUGAUACUUUACGUGAAGGGCAGGGAUAAGCCCAUUUGUGCUCCUCUCAAGAUGAAGGCCAUCCUGGAGAUUGUUCACCGGAGAAUGAAACAAAACAAGAUGAAAGCGGCUUUCUGAGAUUUCUGAGAGUGAAACAUUUCUCCCUCACGACUGUGUUUUCAAGAGACUGUGUCAGACAGGUUUCUCAUGCAUGGCGGGGGUUUUAUUAUCAUCAAUUGUGCAGAGGGCAAUAUGUUGAACUUCAAUUUAAUCUGUAUUUGUUAAUGAGAAAUGUUGUCACACAAACUGAGAUGACAGUUGCUAUGACGUAUUUGUGCAAACAAAUGAUAAAUAAGAGCGAGAGACUUUGAUGGAACUUUUUUUUCUACAUUUUUAAUAAAAAUGAAAAUACAAAUGGA